AUAAGAGUCAGUACAACAACAGUGUAUCACUGACUUCGCAUGAUAUGGAGGGAACUAAACGCAAGAUUAAGAAAAAUUCCUUCAAAACAGGUAAAAUCAAAGUUUUCUGACAACAUCAACUUUUUAUCCAUGCAUUUUGUUGAGAUUUCUUUGCGUCGCAACCUGGUCGGAUACAAUCAGUCCAACUUGUCUCGGCCAAAAAAUUGGCUUGAUUUUCGGCAUUUUUAUAUAUCAUCCUCUAAACAAAAAUUUGGUCAUGGGAAUACUAUAUACUCUUCUUAACCAAGUUAUUCUUCCCUUUCUUGCUUAUAUUUUAGACAUAAGGGACCUUCACUGGGGGAACAACGUAGUUUACUGGAGGGACUAAAACAGGGACUACGCAGUCUAUGGUAUUAAAAGAGGCCCUGAUUAUAUGUGUGUAUUAUAAAACUGGUCAUUCCAGAUUGUAUAUAUUAUAAUUUUAGAAGGAUUUUCACGAGAUCUAGAAAAAGCAGAAGGCAGCAAUGAUAUGAUGCUUGUAACUUUUCUUGGAAAUGAAAAAGAACAACGUAGAGUCAGAAAUAAAAAUACACUGGACGAAAAAGUUGGAGAAAAGAAAAUUGGGCUGGAAAGAAAGAAUUGUGAUAUUCAGAUUAAGGAACUGAGCGCAGAGCAAAGAUUGAUAAAAUCUCGAUAUGUAAAUAUGGUCAGAAGAACUAAAGCAAACGAAAUCUCUAUGAACGAAGGAAAAAAAUAAUACUUCCAUACUUUCUUUGAUUAUGUUCAAUACUGUAAACAAUAUUGAUUUUAAAAUAAUGAGAACAAGAAAAUAUACCGG